CUGCCCGCCUACUUCCCAAGUUUAUUUGGUUUCAUUGAACCCGGAGCGGAGCACAAGGGCUCGCCUGUUGUCGUCAACACUUCCAACUCUCACCUCACCUCCCCCCCCCCCACGAACCUUUGAAGCGCCGAUUGAUCGACCAAAUAAACAACCCAUAUAAUAAUAGACCUACGAGAAUUGCUGUUCCUCUAACUUGACUUCGCAUCUCGCUGCGUUUGCGACUCGUCGACCGUGGGGAUCUGUCGCAUUGACCCUACCUGACUUGAUCCCGCUUUCGACCGCCAUUUGUACUGUUCCUCGUGAGGAUCGGUCACCCCUCCCUCGAAACCAUGGGCGACCCCCGGAAGUUUGAUCCUCCUGCUACCCGCAGCGCAGCAAGAAGUGGGAAGUCGCCGGAACGUGCUGCCAACGCAUUGUCUAUCGCAUCCCCUCCUGGCUCAAGAACCCCCCCUAGUAUGCCAGCAAAGAAGACCCUCUUCUACCCCGAAUCGCAAGGGAGACAACAAAAGAGCCGAAACACCUCAGAAGCGAUCGAUCCCGAUGCGCUCGCGAAGGCUUUAAGGGACUACGAGGACGCUGGAAACCCUCGCGAGAGAACACCCGGCACAAGCCCCAGUCGGAAGAGGCAACGAGUAUACGGCGACAGAUUCAUACCCAACCGUGAGGGGCAAGACCUGCAAGCAACCUACAGCCUCCUUCAUGAAGACGGCUGUCCCUCGACUCCCUCCAAAUCUAAGAAACGCGCUCCUCAUUCGGAGCUUCAUUUUCAAAAGACCGAAGAAGCAAACAGAAUGUACUCACGGGUCUUGCGGAGUGAGCUUUUCGGAAACACCGUUCCUCAGGCAGACCUAGACUCAUUAUCGCCGGAUCCGCUGCUGGGGUUUGCGAACGGAAUUAACGACAAGACUCGCUCUCAUACCCCUCCGUCACAUGUCGUAUCGAGCCUCCCCCCAGCCAGUAUAACGCCGUCCACUCCCCAUAAAAAUCUUUUCAACUACGCCUCCUCACGCGCUGGAUCUGGUCAUCCGACGCCAUCUAAGACUCCUCGAAGUCAACAUGGUCCGAACCUGAACGUUCGGUCAGAGCUCUACAGCCUUUCCCCGAUCCGAUACGACAGCCAACGGAUAUUAGAAACACCCCGCAAACAGCCUCGCUACGUUAACAAAGUGCCGUAUAAAGUACUUGACGCACCCGAUUUACAAGAUGACUUCUAUCUGAAUCUGGUAGACUGGGGAAGCAGUAAUGUCCUUGGUGUUGGUCUAGGUAAUUCGGUCUAUAUGUGGAAUUCGCAGACUGGAAGGGUUACGAAACUGUGUGAACUGAAAGAUGAUACUGUCACGAGUGUGAGCUGGAUUCAACGGGGUACUCACCUUUCAAUUGGGACAGGCAAAGGACUCGUGCAAAUCUGGGACGCAGAGCGAUGUCGCCGUCUAAGAACGAUGAUCGGGCACACUAACCGUGUCGGAGCGUUAGCCUGGAACGACCACAUUCUGACCUCAGGGUCACGAGAUCGCCUGAUUUUCCACCGAGAUGUUCGUUCGCCAGAUCAAUUCUUGCGCCGUUUGUCCGGUCACAAGCAAGAGGUGUGUGGUCUCAGGUGGAACACGGAAGAUGGCCAAUUAGCUUCUGGCGGUAACGACAACAAAUUGUUGGUCUGGGACAAGUUGAACGAAACUCCUCUCUAUCGCUUCUCCGACCACACGGCCGCAGUCAAAGCAAUUGCUUGGUCGCCUCAUCAACACCAUCUCCUAGCCUCGGGUGGUGGAACGGCGGACCGAACAAUCAAGUUCUGGAACACGUCAACAGGAUCCUUAAUCAAAGAGGUUGACACAGGAAGCCAGGUCUGUAACCUGGCGUGGUCGAAAAACUCGGAUGAGAUUAUCAGCACCCAUGGGUAUAGUCAAAACCAGAUUGUGAUCUGGAAAUACCCCCGCAUGGAGCAAAUCGUAUCUUUGACUGGGCAUACUUUCCGUGUACUUUACCUGGCUAUGAGUCCGGAUGGUCAAACAGUCGUCACUGGUGCUGGCGACGAGACUUUACGUUUCUGGAAGAUCUUCAACAAAAGACCAGGAAGAGAGCACGGUCGUGAAGGCAGUAAGCUGGCUGAAUGGGGUACUAUUCGGUGACAGCCUCGGCUACUAGUCGCCCUUGAACCUUUGUGCUAUGUCACGCUUGACUAUUUAUUAGCAGUUUCCGAUAUGCAUUAGAUUCGGCGUUCCAGGGCAUUGG